AACACCGCGAAGCCUCAGUGAAUGAACAGACGCCAGUGAGGAGGAAUGCGCGUGUUGUGCUCUUGAUAUUUUGUCCCAGAUCUAGUGCUUCAAUUUUCUUUGCUUACAUUUAAUCGGCGAUCACGAUGGUGCAGAGUUACCAGUCUCCCGUGAGGGUGUACAAAUACCCCUUCGAAUUGGUCAUGGAGGCGUACGUGCGGCGCUUCCCGACGUGUGACAUGAUCCCCAUCAUGGCCGGGACUGACGUCAUCAAGGAGCACACGUCUAAAGAUAAGGCGGUCACGCAGAUCUCGCGGCGUUGCAGGUUGCAUGUGGAGGCGCCUUAUCUGCUCAAAAAGAUUAUGGGGGUAGAGUUCAUCUUCUUUGUACAGACCAACACACUUGAUAGGAGGAACCGCACUCUUCAUAUUGAAGCUUAUAAUGAGAGCUUCUCCUCAAGAGUCACUAUUCAAGAAAACUGCAAAUACUCUGUACAUCCAGAAAAUAGUGAAUGGACUUGCUUCGAACAAACUGCAAGCUUAGAUGUAAAGUCUUUCUUUGGAUUUGAGAGUACAGUUGAAAAAAUUGCAAUGAAGCAGUACUCAUGCAGUGUAUUUCCUCAGGGCAAAGAAAUAAUUGAACACUUCAUUGAAGUGCUUCGAAAGGAGAACAUCACGGACGUCCCCAGAUGGGUUGAGCCGACGACAAAGGCCACGGCCGAGAUCUGUGAUGCUGAAGAGGUUAAGAAGGAGGAGGAGAGCAGUGAGGCUGAGAGCAGCUCCGAGGAGUCCGAACUCAGGGAAAGAACCAGCAACAACAACAAGCUGGAUGCAGACUACAUCAAGAGGUGCUUAGGUGACCUGACCCCACUCCAGGAGUCAAGAUUAAUACAACUCAAGAAAUGGGUUGGCGAGCUUCAGAAAGGAAAGGUCCCCAGUGAUGCUUGCCUUCUGAGAUUCUUGCGGGCGAGAGACUUCAACAUCGAGAAAGCCCGGGAGAUGCUGAGCCAUUCCCUGAUAUGGAGAAAGAAGAACCAAAUUGACAAGAUCAUGAACGAGUAUCAGAUCAAUCAGGUGGUGAAAGACUUCCCAGGAGGGUGGCACCACCAGGAUAAAGGGUAUGGACAGGGAAGACCUCUGUACCUUCUGAGACUGGGUCAGAUGGAUGUCAAGGGACUGGUGAAGUCUGUGGGUGAAGAGGGACUGCUCAAACAUACUCUGCACAUCUGUGAAGAAGGCCUCCGGCUAACUGAAGAGGCCACAGCCAGUCAGGGUCAACCAAUUACAAACUGGACUCUCCUGGUUGACCUAGAAGGCCUGAACAUGAGGCAUCUGUGGAGACCAGGCAUCAGGACCUUACUAAAGAUAAUUGAGAUUGUAGAGGCAAACUACCCUGAGACUAUGAGUCGAGUUCUCAUUAUUCGCGCUCCUCGUGUUUUUCCGAUUCUGUGGACACUUGUUUCUACAUUCAUCGAUGACAACACAAGAUCAAAGUUCCUCUUCUAUGGUGGAAAUGACUACCAGGGCCCAGGUGGCUUGGUUGACUACAUGCCAAAGGAAAAUAUCCCUGAUUUCUUAGGAGGUGAAUGUAAGCGAAGCACACUUUCUCGCUUAGGCCCAGUACCCGAGUCCUUGUACACUGUCACGUACCCAGACGAGUUGGAACUUAGAAGUAUGGUGCAUGAGGGAGGUUUGGUGCCAAAGAGCAUGUACCAGCCUGGAGAGGAAUUUGAUGGAACAAGGCAACACAUCCUCCUCUCGGAACAGUCUGUUUAUCACUCUGUGUCUCUAGGCCGUGGACAGGUGCAUGAGGUGGUGCUGUUAAUUGAGGAACCUGGUUCAGUUAUCUGCUGGGACUUUGACGUCAUGAAGAGCGAUGUCACUUUCUCUGUUUUACGCACCAAGGUUCCCAUCACAAAUCGGCAGGAGCCACACUCACCUACAGGUGCAAUGGGUGUGAUUGAUGCAGUGAUUGGCACUGAUGACCAGCAUCGCUCUGUGAUUGAGAAGACUUGGCGAGAAGGUCACGAGUACUUCCGUGUCGAACCUCAGCUAGUUUGUCAUGAUGGAGAAAGUAUACAGGGGUCUCAUGUGACGUCACACAUGGGGACGUACAUAUUACAGUGGCGCUACUAUGAGUCAACGCAGCACACCUCACCCUUAGAUAUUAUUGAUACCAUAACUGCACCCAAGGCAAAGAUUAUGUAUUACUAUGAGACUCUCAAGUCAGCAGACUAUAGGGGAUCCAUGACAAGCCUUCAGUCCUGUCAGAGUGGCUUCUCAUCCCUGUCAUCCAACACCAACAAGUCAGCGACGUCAUCCUGUCCGUCCCGCUGACCUUGAUGAAUUGAAUAUUAGGGAUCAAAGUGUUUUUCUUAAUCAGGGUUGAAAUCACUCUCUUGACUUGAACUGAAGUAGAGUACAACUAUUCUUUAUCAAUUUUCUUGUUUCUUUCUUUUUGUUUUUAAGAAAGAGCCUAAGUAUUCUAAACAUUUUGGAUCUUCAGGUUUUUGUAAAUCCUAAUUAUAGCUGCUGUGAAAAAGAAAUCAAGAAAAAAAAAUAUCCUGGUACUAUCUUGGAAUUUUUAGCACGAAAGACCCAUUAUUGUUAUCAUCCUUUUCCAUAUGAUAAUAUGGAUGGUGUUAUUCCAAGUAUUUCCAGCCUUUGUGGUUUAUGCAAAUCAAAGGUAUUUUAGACUGUAUGGGGGAUGUAUAUCAUAAGAAUUCUGCUGUGGCAUGGAUAGUUACAGGGUAUUUUUCAUGAAUUGAAAUUUUGAGGAAUUCAUCAUUGCUGUUCGAGUAUCAAAUUUGCCUGACUUCCCGCAUAAUGAUUAAUGUAGACUUUAGAAUGCUCUUGCCAAACUGUCACAAAAUGUACCAGUGAUAAUAGAGAAGCUCCUAUCAUCUCAUAAGCAAUAGGUACAAACAGUUGUUUCGUAAUGGUAGAGCCCAGCUGGUGCUUGUGGCAUUGUACACAUCUCUAGUGGAAUGGAAGCCCUGUGAAAAGGGGUCAGACUUUAUGUAGAAACCAUCACUCUGUUAUAUUUGGCAUUAAGAGUUCUGAAUUCAUGUUACCAAAUAUUUGUUUCUAGAAAUUGCAAGCAUGAUUGAUAUUCUUAAAAAGGAGUUUAGGAUGUCUGCAUAUUAUUUUUUGAAGAUGUUCUGUGAAACGACACCCUCCUUGGGAAUACCUCUUGGCAUAUACCUCUAUUGUGAGUAUUUUAGUAUUUUCACACAGAAAAUAGUCUAGUUUUUACAUAGAUUUAUCAGCAAGAAAGAUGCGAGUCUUGAGCUUGGCUCACUUUCAGUAAUGUCUUGUUAGACAAUUGGAUUACUUUAUUUUUUAUUUGUUUCUACAUAGUUAAAAAGAAGUUUGCUCAAUGAAAUGGUACAAUAAAAAAAUACAAAUGAUCAUAUAUGUAAGUAAUGUAGAAAUACAUCUAAUAGAUUGAGUAAACAGAUCAUCAGCUCAGUGUAGAGAAAAUUUAGCUUUCGUAGAAACUCCUCAUGAAAAUCCCAGAAGUGCAGAGGAGUCCCCGAGAAGAGGAAUAAAUAAAAGAAAAAAAAAAAAGAAUCCUAAACAUUCUUGUAACUGUAGCUUCUAUGAAGACUUGAUUAAGAGUAGGUAUUGUGCAGAGAGGAUAACAUGAUUUUACAAAAGCUUAGAGGGUCAUGUAUUAUUUUACUAUACCAUUAGGGAAUGCUCAAGAAAUGUUUGAAAUAGGAGAUCAAGAAAUCAAAUGUGAAACUGUUUGUUCUUGUAAUGAGCAGAGAAUUUGUGUGAUUAAUUAGUGAGUCAAACUCUAAGAUGAUGUCCCCUGUAAGGUGUCAAAUAGGCAUCUUUUUCCCCGUCUUCCAUAAAGGUCUAUCAUCCAUCAUUCACCAACCACAAUUCAUGACUUGAGCAAACGAUUAUCACCAGAGAGAAAGCAGAAUGUGAGAUAUUGGUAAUAUUAUAGUAAUUCCAUAUAUUUUAAAAACAAGUACGAAGAGUUAGUGUAGGGCCUAGCAUAAAAUAUGAAUUAAGAAAAAGCCUCUAUAUGCACAUGUUUAGUAUUGUUGUAAGGUAUGUGUAUGCAUAUGUACAUGCUUGCACAUUGUUAAAACUCAGUGUAGAUCACUGAAGUCCAUUUUAUAGUGUAAUUAUUAAAUGAAAUCAGUAAAAAAAAAACUAUUGCAGAAACUGUACAACUGUCAGUUAUUUUAUUCAGUUGAUAGUAUACAUGCUUCAUUGUUAUCUGUCGGAGAAGGAAGCUAAAAUUUGAUAUGUAUAUUCAGGUCAUUGAUUAGUUUUUUGGGGGAAAAAAAGUGAAUUGCCAGCAAUCUUAAAGUUGUCCAGUGACUGUCUUUAGGCAUGUUUAGUCUAGUCCAACCAUAUCAUAAGAGAUUGUUAUAAAUUAUAUUGUAGUUAUUUCUGAUUUUGGUAAUUUUAAAUACUAAGGCUGAACAUAGAAAGAUUUAUUAUUCUAAAUAAGAAUGUUACUGGAUAGAAAUUGGACCUAAAAUGCUGUAUACAGAGAAUGGGAAGCCAGUUUUGUUUAUCACAGCAAUUUCAGGUCAAUUUGUAAGCACCAUGUGGCUGUAAAUUUCACAUUCAAAACUACAUUUUCAAUUUAGUGGCAUUGGGCUGCCUGGGGCCAACAUGCACCCAUAGUUCUCUAGCAAGGAAAUAUUAAUUUUCAUUUAUAUGAAACUAGUUUCUAAUGGUAAUCGUGAAUAAAAAUAAAAGCAAAUACCUUUAUUAAGAAGGUUGCAUGGUGGGUAAUGAUAUCUUCCACCAAAGUUUCCUGUCUUAAUGUAUACUUUUUGUUAUAUCACUAGAAUUUUAUAUGAAAGAGUGUCUUCUGUUCUUGGUAUGUUUUUAAGCCUCCAAAGGAUUUUUACUUCAGUUUUUUACUUUCCUUAGUAGCUGAUGUGGGCAUUCUCACUAAAACUAAAAAAAGGAAAGUUUUGUGUGCCUCACCCUAAGUAAAACAGGAUUGUGCAUUUCUCUCCCAUGAAAAUUGUGCUGAUAAAUUUGGUGAAAUUGCUUCUUGUAUACCAGCCUGAUAUGAUCUCUCUGCCAAGUUAUUUAUAGGUUUGAGUGAUAUUUAGUGUAUAAAACUGGCUGUAGAGUAUUUAUGUAUUAUAAUUUCUUGGGAAAUUUGUGUAUCCUUUAAGGAUAUGUGUAUAUCUUAUGUGGAGACAUAGGAUACACCUCGUCGUUAAUGAAUACACAGUGGCAACACAAUUGUUUUAAGACAGUUGUAGUAGAUCUGCAACUAGUAUUCUUGAUUGCUGUACUGGUGCCCUGGUGGUAGGUACAUGUGUGGUAAGAGUAGGAAAGUGUACUUGUUACAGGUAGGAUUUUAGGGGCUGGUCAUUUUGAUGAAAAAUGUUCUUGAAUAUUUCCCUUUGUUUCUCUCUUCACACCUGUUGUUUAAGUCAUCUUUUCUCUUAAUUUCUUUACGUAGCAUCACCUUGAAAAUGAUUUGAGAAGGUGAAUUUAGCUUAAGGUUUUAAUGAAUAAAGAAUAUUGAAUUAUUAUAUAACAUUGUAAAUUGGUUUUGUCAAUACUGUAAUAUGCAAGGUCCUUGUUUUUUAAUGGUGUAAUUUGUUGUUAAUAUUUUAACCAUAAAAUAAAAUAAGAAUAUUUUUUUUGGAGAAGACCAAAGUGACUCCACCCUCCAUCUGAUACUGGAAAUAUUGAUAAGUUUAGAUGAAAAUAAAACAAAUAUGGCUUUUUUAAGGGUAGGAUAAUGCAUUGAAAGUUGGCAAGCAAUAAAGACAUAUUUCUAACUAAAAUUUAGAUAAGAAAAUAGACUUAACAUACAUGACCCAUAAUUUGGAAUAUAUUAUGAUGAUUUUGUAAAUUCCAGAGUGCUUGCUUGGUACCAAUAGUGAUAUUAGACUGAGUCCAGAUAAUGUUGUUUAUAUCCUAGGUUACUGCAUUAUUAUAUGUGCUUUUACAUUUGCACUUGUACACACACACACACACACACACCACUUUCCUAAGUUUACAUAAAAACAGACAUAGGUAUUGGUACUUUUUAAAAGAAGAAGAAUGCAACAGUAAAAAAUAGGAUUAGAAGUCCUUUUUCCUAUGGUUCUUGAUUUAGUAAUAUGUUAUGAUAUUAAUUUUAACAAUAAAAAAAUGCUGAUUAGGUAGUGUUGCUAUGUGCUUUAUUAUAUUCUGUAAAUUAAAGGUGAAGUAUUACAUUAUCUGGAUUAUGGAGCUUAAAACAAGAAACUAGAGUGAUGACAAGUUUCUUGCAUAAAUAUUGUACUUAUCAGGGUGAUACUGUAACAUAGAAUCUGUGCUGCUCUUUUAGUGAGUAAAAAAGAAUAUACAGUAACAUGGAAGAAAA